AUGGUAGAGUUUUGAACUGUUUCUUUCCUUUCUCUUCCAAUUCACCAUAAUCAUCAGAUCUAUCUCUUGCACUGUUUGAGAAUUUCUCAAACUAUACUAGGGUAAUCGAAGUAUUGAUUCAUUCAAGCUUGGAUUGCACGCUGUGAAAGUUGUUGCAGAGCCAACUAGGGUUUGCUUUGCCAUUGCAGGAAUUAUAUAUAUAGUAAUAGAGGUUAUUGUUGAUUGAGGUUCAGUUUAUAGUAGUAAUGGUAGUGAUGGAAGAGUCGAAACGCAAAUCAUCUAGGAGGGAAGAUUCAGAAAGCAGGGAGGAUUCAAAGAGUAGGAGUCAUCGGAGGGAUAGGGAGGAACGUGAUCAUGAGCGGGAGAGGAAUGGAGAGAGGCACAGAGAUAAGGACAGAGACCGCCACCGUGGUUCUUCCGAUAAGAAGAAAGACAGGGAGAGUAAGCGAUCCGAGAGGGAGAAAAGCAUUGAUGAUGACAAGUAUCGGGAGCGGGAAAAACACAAGGAUAGGCAUAGAGACAGGAUCAAGGAAAAGGACAAGGACAGGGAGAAGACGAGGAGCCAGGAUGAUGAAAGAGCCAAAGAUAGAGAUAGGGUAAAAGACAAGGAGAGGGACAAGGAGAAGGAAGAUAAAGUAGAGGCAGGCUGUGCAGCACACACAGAGGGAGAGGGAGAGAGGGAGAGGGAGAGGGAGAAAAGAGAGAGGGAUAGGGCAAAGGAGAGGGAGAGAGAGAGAGAAAGGGAGAGGGAGAGGGAGAGGGAGAGGGAGAAGAGAGAGCGUGAGAGGGAGGAGAGGGAUAGGGAGAGGAUUCGGGAAUCGGAGAAGCGUCAAGAUGAUAGUAGUGAUGAUGGUAAUGUAAGAGAUCAUGAUAGAAAGAGGCGGAGGAGGGAGGAUGACAACAGGGAAAGGGAGUCCGAACGGAGCAGCAGGUCCAAGAGGCAUAGGGAGGACAUUGAAGAUAGUAGCCCCAAGAAAAGGAGUGGUGAAGGCUCAUCCGAGAAGAAAGAGGCGAGAACUCGAGAAGAGGAUAUAGAGGAAGAGCAAAGGAAAUUGGAUGAGGAGAUGGAGAAGCGGAGGAGGAGAGUUCAGGAAUGGCAAGAGUUGAGGAGGAGGAAGGAGGAAUCAGAGAGAGAAAAGCUUGGAGUAAUGUCUAGUGCUGAUGAACCUAUGGCUGGAAAGGCCUGGACUUUAGAAGGAGAAUCUGAUGAUGAAGAAGCAGCUGCCGAGGAGAAACCAGAAAUGGAUUCGAACAUGAAUGGAGAUGCCAAUCCUAUGGAUGAGGAUAGUGAUGCCAUGGCACUUGACUCUGAGAGUGGAACUGCAGCACCUGCUUCACAAAAUGAGGGUGAUGGUGAUAUGGUGGAUGAAGAAAUUGAUCCAUUAGAUGCUUUCAUGAAUUCUAUGGUAUUGCCGGAAGUUAAGAAGCUGAACAAUGAUGUUGUACUUUCUGCCUCUGACGAGAAGAAUUCAGAAUUGAAGAAAGGUAAGAAUGAUAAUCAAAGUAAUGGAGAACAGCCCAAAAAAGGUUUGAAUAAGUCAAUAGGAAGAAUCAUUCCUGGCGAAGAUUCUGAUUCAGAUUAUGGGGACACUGGGAACGAUGACGAUCCUAUUGAAGAUGAAGAUGAUGAUGAAUUCAUGAAAAGGGUGAAAAAGACCAAAGUUGAGAAACUAUCAAUAGUUGAUCAUUCAAAGAUCGAAUAUCUCCCAUUCAGGAAAAAUUUUCAUAUUGAAGUGAAGGAAAUCUCAAGGAUGACUUCUGACGAGGUUGCUACGUACAGGAAGCAAUUGGAAUUGAAGAUACAUGGAAAGGAUGUGCCCAAACCAAUUAAGACCUGGCAGCAGACGGGAUUAUCAACCAAAAUUCUUGAGAUGAUAAAGAAGCUUAACUUUGAAAAGCCUAUGCCAAUCCAAGCGCAAGCGCUGCCCGUAAUUAUGAGUGGUCGAGACUGUAUAGGUGUUGCAAAGACAGGAUCUGGUAAAACACUAGCAUUUGUGCUGCCAAUGUUAAGGCAUAUAAAGGAUCAGCCACCUCUGAUGUCUGGAGAUGGGCCUAUUGGGUUGAUAAUGGCACCUACAAGAGAGCUUGUUCAGCAGAUCCACAGUGAUAUCAAGAAGUUUUCAAAGGUAAUGGGCGUCAGCUGUGUGCCUGUAUAUGGAGGUUCUGGUGUUGCUCAACAAAUUAGCGAAUUGAAGCGUGGGGCUGAGAUUGUGGUCUGCACUCCAGGUAGAAUGAUUGAUAUACUUUGUACCAGCAGUGGCAAAAUUACAAAUCUACGUAGAGUUACUUAUCUGGUCAUGGAUGAAGCUGAUCGGAUGUUUGAUAUGGGUUUUGAACCCCAGAUCACUCGAAUUGUUCAAAACACUCGACCAGACCGUCAAACUGUACUCUUCUCUGCUACUUUUCCCCGUCAGGUUGAGAUAUUGGCACGUAAAGUGUUAAACAAACCUGUGGAAAUACAGGUUGGUGGUAGGAGUGUUGUGAAUAAAGACAUUUCCCAGUUGGUUGAGGUGAGAUUAGAAAAUGAAAGGUUCUUGAGACUGUUAGAACUGCUUGGUGAAUGGUACGAGAAGGGGAAAAUUUUGAUUUUUGUACACUCACAGGAGAAAUGUGAUGCUUUAUUCAGGGAUUUGCUCAAGCAUGGUUAUCCUUGCCUCUCCCUUCAUGGUGCUAAGGAUCAGACCGAUCGUGAGUCCACCAUUGCUGAUUUCAAAAGUAAUGUAUGCAAUUUGUUGAUUGCAACAAGUGUUGCUGCCAGGGGUUUAGAUGUAAAGGAGCUUGAACUGGUAAUCAAUUUUGAUGUUCCGAACCACUAUGAAGACUAUGUUCACCGUGUUGGUCGGACAGGACGAGCUGGCCGAAAAGGCUGUGCUAUCACAUUUAUUUCUGAGGAAGAUGCAAGAUAUGCACCGGAUCUUGUGAAAGCAUUGGAACUUUCUGAGCAAGUUGUGCCGGAUGACCUGAAAGCUCUUGCUGAUGGUUUCAUGGCAAAGGUGCAUCAGGGACUUGAGCAAGCCCAUGGGACUGGUUAUGGUGGAAGUGGUUUUAAAUUUAAUGAAGAGGAGGAUGAGGUGAGAAGAGCAGCAAAGAAAGCACAGGCAAAAGAGUACGGCUUUGAGGAAGACAAGUCAGAUUCAGAAGAUGAAGAUGACGGGGUCAGAAAGGCAGGCGGUGACUUAUCUCAGCAAGCAGUCCUUGCUCAAGCAGCUGCCCUUGCUGCUGCAUCUAAAGUGAGUGUGGGUAUGUCGGUACCUGCCUCAGCUGGUCAACUGUUUCCAAAUGGUGGAUUACCUGUUUCUCUGCCAGGUGUUCUUGGUUUAACAAUACCUGGUCCGGCAGCAGUUGUGACUGGAACUGCAAUUACCGCAGGUGAUGGGGCCGCUAGGGCAGCAGCAUUGGCAGCUGCCAUGAACUUGCAACAUAACUUGGCCAAGAUUCAGGCCGAUGCCAUGCCUGAACAUUACGAGGCAGAGUUGGAGAUAAAUGAUUUUCCUCAAAAUGCUCGUUGGAAAGUGACGCACAAGGAAACUUUGGGUCCGAUUUCUGAAUGGACUGGAGCUGCCAUUACGACUAGGGGUCAGUUUUUUCCUUCUGGUAAGGUUCCAGGACCAGGGGAACGGAAGCUGUACUUGUUCAUAGAGGGCCCUACUGAACAGUCCGUGAAAAGGGCAAAAGCAGAACUGAAACGUGUGUUGGAGGACAUCACGACCCAAGCAUCAUCUCUUCCAGGUACAGCCCAGCCAGGCAGGUACUCGGUUUUGUAAGAAUCAGGCUUGAUUCUCUGGAUGCUGGAGUAUUGUUUAUUUCCUGCUCUGAUUAUACUCAAGGUUGGGGAAAGGGAGAAGCAUUGAGAGAGAAAUUCUAUUGGCAUAUCUUUUUGGCAAAUCUUGUUCAGGAACUAUGGAUAUGAUUAUAUAGUAUUCUGAUAUUCCGACCAGAUUGUUACAGAUUUAUAAUGUUGAUGCCAUUGGAUGUUCGUUGCGGAGCUUGUUCUAAGUUUUGUAAUUAUGAACCUCCUAGUCAACCAAAAAGGAAAAAGAAUUAUAAUGUUUGUAUUGAUACAUUGAUUAGGCACUGAUGCCUCUACUUUAAAAAGUUUAGUAAGAUAGUAUUGCCUUUCUUUCUUCUUA